GUUUAACGCAGACGCUUUGCCAGUCGCUGGCAGCCCUAUUCAUUCAGUGGGCGCCAAGAUGGAAACUCGUCUGGAGAUUCGUCUGCACGAACCAAAUCCUCUAUUCACGCGCUGGCUGCAACGCUGGCUCCACGACGCCGAGCAGAAUGAUCGCAAGUCGCAGCACAAGCUGCGCCAAGCGCUUCAAGCGUUGCGCAGUUACCCACUGCCGCUCUACAGCGGGCGCGAGUGCGCCGUGCUGCGCGGCUUUGGGCCAACUCUCUGCCAGCUGAUCGACGAUGAACUACAGCAGAUGCGCACACUGGAGAAGCAGACAACGACAAACAUAAAGGCUGCACUGGACAGUUCACAGUACGAGCAGCAGGUGCAACAGGUGGUCAAAGUAGUGCAACGCAGCAGGAAAAAACAACAACAAGAGCAGCAGCAGCAACCGAAGCCCAAAAAGCUGACAAAGAAGGCACAACAGGAGCUGGCAGCAGCCGAGGAGCGUGAACGUGUGGUCCAAAUGCCCGCGGGCAGUUAUCGCAUUGUGCUGCUCGUGGACAUCCAGGAGACGAGUGGCAAGAACAAACGAGUGCUGGAUCAAACACGCGGCUACCUGGAAUCAUUGGGUGUGACGCACGAUGUGCGUCGCCUGACCAUCGGUGACUUCCUCUGGAUAGCCAGCGAUGACGCUGGCAAUGAGCUGGUCUUGCCGUACAUUGUGGAGCGCAAGCGCAUGGACGAUUUGGCCAGCAGCAUUCGCGAUGGUCGCUUCCACGAGCAGAAGCAUCGAUUGCAGCAAUGCGGCUUGCCACACAUCAUCUAUCUGAUCGAGGACUAUGGUGACAAUGAGCAGCUGGGAUUGCCGCUGGAGUCACUGCAGCAAGCGCUGGCCAAUGCACGCAUUCAAUCGAAGAACAUUCAAGUGGUUCGCACCGAGAAUCAUUAUCGUUCCAUGUGCUACCUGGCUGGCGUCGGUGCUGCACUGCAGCAGCUCUAUGUGGAUGGCGGCAAGCGGCUGCAUAGUCGCAAAAGGGAAGAGGAUGCUAACAGAACGACGUCGCUGGAUAGGGAAACGAAUCUAUUGAAGUUUAGGGAACUCUACGAGGAUUCGGCCCGCAAUGCCCAGCUGACGGUGCGCGAAGUCUUUGUGCAGCAACUGCUUCAGCUGCACUCGCUGUCACUCGAUCGUGCGCUGGCCAUUGUUGAGUCCUAUGCCACACCGCGGCUGCUGCUGGAUGCAUAUGCUGCAUGUGGCAGCGAGGCGGAGGCAAGACUCCUCUUGGCGCCACUUGGCUGUGGACCUUUGCAGCGACCGCUGGGCGAGAAGUUGAGUCAGUGCAUCCAUGACUUUUAUAUGCAGGAAUUCAAAUGAAUGUUGAUGGUUUAGGUUUUAGCAAUUGCAUUUAGUAGAGCUUGGAUAAGGAAUUACGGAUAAAGGAUUUGUUUAGGUUUUUUUUGUUUUGUUUUAAAUCAUAAUCAUCAUGCGUUUUGUUUAGAUAUUUCGAAAGUGGCGUAUGGCCAAAUCGACGGGCAGAUCGAAAUCGAACUUGGACAGCGCAUCGAUGGAGCGCAACGAAUCCCGAAAUCCCGUGCAGGCCACAUAGCUAUUGGACGUGUAAUAGGUGUCGAUCAGCUCAUUGCAGCUGAGUAUCAGAUUCAGCCACUCCACCAGCAGAUGUGCGCUACAAAGAGAGGUGAGGAGAGAAAGAAAGAGAAAGAAACAGA